AUGACAGAUGAUGUUUCAUGCAGGCGGCUACGCAGUGACACGACCACGGUCAUGGACUUCAACAAUGAUGACUUCCUGUGUAAGUCUGACCUGGAGAAGACGCUGAACAAGCUGACGCGGAAUGAGCUAACGGAGGACGAGGUCAGGAUGGUAUGUGAGAAGGUGAUCGACGAGGCCGACCUGGACAACGAUGGACGUCUCUCACUGGAGGACUUCCAGCACAUGAUCGUCCGUGCUCCAGACUUCCUCAGCACCUUCCAUAUAAGGAUAUGAAGACUUAAGAGAUGCCAUGGACACUAUCACCAUGGAUCCAAACAUGUUCUCUACCAAAGAUGUUAUAGGGACCUUUAAAGUGUGCACUAUGCAGGCUUAGGCUAGUUGUUUUUUUACUUUGAUGUAGGCCGGAGACAGCCCACUGACCUGUUGACAGCUGAAUAGUCUAUUAUUAUAGACCUAUUGUAGCUAUCAGGACAGGGCUCAUUAGCUAUGACGGCCAACAGUUGAUUUGUAUUCUCUUCUAUGAAGGCUCAGUUACACCGAGCUAUAAAAUAAACAUCUUCCCCCAUAUUUCACUGAACCAUGUAGGGCCAAUGGAGGGUGAGGCACUGGGCCAAGGGAGGGUGAGGCAUCUGUGUCAUGGAUGAAUUAACACUCCAUUAUAAAAUCAUGGGUUCAGCUAACAGUCAAUUGUCCUUAAUCAUUCUGGAUCCAUUAAUACAAUGUCAUUUAAAGAGGCAAUCUGGGAUUCAAACAACAACAAAGCAGUCAUGCACCCCAACUAUUUGUUGGUAAACAGCUGAGGGAUGGAGCUGGAGAAAUGUAACCACUCUCAAAUUCAUAGAUGGAGCUAUGGAUGCGAGGACUGACCUAUCCCAUGAGAUCAAAAUGAGAGUUUCAAGCUAUACCGUGUUUGUUUACAAUUAUAUUGUUUACAUUUUUUUUGUUGUAAAACAAGCUUGUAUUUGGGGUUCUGAUGGGGUAAGACAGUCGAACUAAGCUCACGAGGAAUGUAUAGGUUUAUUCUUCAAGAAUCAGUGACUAUAUAUUAUAGAUUAAACUAUAUAUUAUAGAUUAUACUAUAUAUUAAGAUUAUACUAUAUAUUAAGAUUAAAGUCCAAAAAUGUAUGUACCAAUUCCAGAUGACCCCUUUGAAGAAAAACAACUAUGACUCACAGCUCUUUAAAAUAAUUAUAUUUUAUUCAAUGAAAAGUGCAGAUAUCUACAAAACUGUAGAUCAAUUUCAAUAUGAUUGUAUUAAGUACAGUACAAUUCAAGGAGAUCUCUUCUCUCUUUUGAAUGUGAUAUAUUAAAAACAGCAUUUUAUAUUUUCUUAAAAUGUAAUUUCUUUCUCAUGGUGUACCUCACAAUCGACAAUGGAAUAAAGAUGUGGUCAUUAAAACAGGAAUGCACGUGAUAUGCAUUUAGGGGUGAACUCUGACCUUUCCUAAACCUACAUUUCCACUUAGUCAUGCAUUGGUGUCAAGUGGAAGUUAGGAUUCGCCACGUACUGACAGGAAGAAAAAGGAGGGAUGGAUAACACAUUUUAGAGGGAGUUUUGACAGAAAAUGUUUUGACUUAAAUUACACACACCUGUCUUUUUCUACACUGUUGUAAGAUGUCAAGCUAUCAAAAGAAAAAGGUAACAGUAGUCUCCUUUGUGCUCACCUCUCCUGUCCGUAGCCGCUGGAAGUCGUUAGGGAGUGGCUGUACUGCAAUUUCUGCCGGGACUGAAGAGACCUAUAUCUGUCCACUAAUACAGGACUAGUAAAGACACAGAGCACUACCUUUGUGAAUUUUUUUCAACUAAAUGUAUUUGAAUGUUUACCAGCAUUUGUAACUUCAGUCUGAUAAUUAUCUUUACAAAACAGUUAAUCUGAUAAUAGUUGUGGAAUAUAAAGGUACUUGCCUGAUAUACGUUUUCCAGUUUCUUCAAAUACUUUGCAAAUGCAACUUAUUUCUGUGUAAACUGAAAUGGUCUAUUCAGUCCUUUUCUAUUUUAGUAGACACUCUUAAACAGAGCAACUUACAGUAGUGAGUGCAUACAUUUUCAUACUGGUCCCCUGUGGGAAUUGAACGCACAACCCUAGCAUCACAAGCACCAUGCAUGGUCUACUAACUGAGCCACAUUAUCACAUCACAUUACUGUAUUGGUCAUGAUUUUCUUCAUGGUGAUAGAAAGUCUGCAGGUACAAACCUAGAUGAUUAGCCUACUGCAUGUACAAUACAAUAAUGUACAUUUACCUCCCGGGUGACCUCCCGGGUGGCGCAGUGGUCUAGGGCACUGCAUCGCAGUGCUAGCUGCGCCAGCAGAGUCUCUGGGUUCGCGCCCAGGCUGGGCUGGGUUCGCGCCCAGGCUCUGUCACAGCCGGCUGCAGGAGGUCCGUGGGGCGAAGCACAAUUGGCAUAGCGUCGUCCGGGUUAAGGAGGGUUUGGCCGGUAGGGAUAUCCUUG